AUGAAUAUUUCAUUUAAUGAUUUGAAAUUUAUUUAGCAGAUAGGCUAGACCCUUAAUUUAGAGGAAAGGUACUAAAUUUAUUAUAAAAACAGAAUGAGAUUAUAAUUAGCAAUACUUAAAAUUCAAGAACAUUAUGUUUUUGAUGAAGUUUUAUUUUGGGGAAGAGUGGAAGGAAUAGAAAAAGAUUAUUACAUAGCUCUUGGAAUUCAAUAUAGAGGAUAGUAUGAAUUUCCAUUAAAGAAAUUUUUUUGGAGGUAAAAAUUAGAAAAGAUUAAUUAAUAAGUUCUAAUAAUUAUCAUUUUGCUGAAUUACCUAAAUAUAAUGAAGAAUUUGCCCAAAGAGCUGAAACAUUGAGAGAGUCAUUUACUGGAUAACAUGAACAUAUAGUCUUUAGAACAGAUGAAGAAAUUAAUUUUGAAGACUCUCUUGAAAUCCCAUCGUAACUGCCAGCUAAAAAUUUCUCAGAAUUAGAAAGAUUAUCAUAUGUAGUGUAAUCAAUUGAAUUUCAAUGUGCCUCAAUUCCAGUUGGAUCAUAUAGAUUAACCCCAACUCAUGAAUUAAUAAAAACUUCAUUUAAAGGAGUCACUGCAGAAUUGAAGAAUUAUUAACACUUUAGAUCACCAAUAAGGAAGGAUAAGCAAGAUCUGAUAGGUUUUAAAUAUUGAUUUAUCAAUAGCUCGAGAUGAAGCACUCUACAGACCUGAUUUUUUAGAUUCUUUAGUUGACGAUAGCCCAAAUAAUUAAUGGUCAGUUUAGACAGAUUCAACUAAAAGAAAUGUAAUAUGCAAUUUAAAUACAUCAUUUAGAUUACAAUUAGAAAUUUAAUAUGGCCUGGAUUUUUAAGUUAUAAUAAUGACUAUACAUUUGGAUAUGCUUAUUUUGGGGAUGGAGUUAAAAAUUCAGAUUUUGAAUUUUUAUUAUGA